AUGGUGCAGGAUGAGAGGCAAGUAUCUCCACCACCGCAUCCACUACUGCAUUCCGAGAGCACUCGUCCUACUAGUACUACUGCUGCUGCCUCUCAUGGAAUUGAAGUGGAUAUAGAGUUUAAGGCAGUUGAACACCCAAUUGAGCCUCUGGACAAUGAUCAACCAGUAAAAUGCCCCUUACCAGAACCUUCCAUUCUCAAUGAUUCAAGAAUAUGGAAGGAACAGAGGCCAGCAAAUACACAAAGGAGGGCUGACUUGCCAGUUAUGAAGGAAGGGGUGAGCCUUGAAUCUGAAGCUGGUGGAACAAAUCAAUGUCCUUCCUCAUCCAAUUGCACAAUUUUACCUUCCCUUAUUAGUGCACCAGAGGAUAAUAUCAUCAUUCUAAUGGAAGAAUGUAAUGCAUCUGUGGUCUAAAAUUACUGUUACUGGCUGGUCAUCUUUGAGAUUUGUUUUCAUUAUCAUCUUAUUAAGAAGUGCUUCCAUGCAUUUUUC